AUGAGGCACCCAGUCUCGGACCCUGCUGCCGACUUAGUUGACGAGAAUAACUUGCCCCGAGAGGAGUCUGGAGCUCAUCCUGAUGCAAGGUACAUAACUUCUUCCGCAGCGUUCGGGCUAGGCGGUAAUACAGACCAGCCUGAGGUCUAUACGUCUAUGGCUGGUGGCUAUGAUGAUCAAGACUUUGGUUUUGACUGGGGUCUUGCCUCAGAAGACAUUUUCACACUCUUGAGAUCAGAUCACGAAACCCUGAAUCUGGCUUUACCCAUAUCCACUUAUGCACAAGCUAUUCCGGAGGGACAGACAUGCUUGUCUACUGGUUCUAUCGAUGAAAGUAUGCCAACAAGUUCUGUCGAUGUCAGCAGGGAUGCAAUACACGCUUUAAGCCAGGUCAUCAAAGAGCUGCCAGGGAAGCUUGUUGCUGAACUCGAAAAUACUGACGUCGCCUCGUCUUUCUUUGACGAAUGCAUGGAAUUCUUUUUCACAAUAUUCCUGCCUACUUUCCCAAUCAUCCAUAGACCCACAUUCCACGCUCGUGACUGUGGGUCACCUUUACUUCUCAACAUGCUGGCGCUUGGGUCUUCCUUCAUUGACUCUAGUGAGGCUGGGGCGCGAAGUGAUAGCUCUCAAAUUGACCUGGGCACUCUGCAGGGCGAAUCCUUGUGGUCACUGGCGCAUGCUGUCGUUGCAACGUCCUGGCCAACCUUGAUGUCCCAUCGUGGACCGCAUGAUAACUGUGAUGGGGUACAGCUUGUUCAAACGGCUGCCCUUGGACAGCUAUACGCUAUCAUGUCAGGAACAUAUACUUUGCGCAUGACAAGUCAAGUGUUUCACGGUCUGGGCUUCUACUGGUCUCGUGAAUGCGGCAUGUUCGCGUCAAGCAUAGCAAGAAGAACUACAGUGCCAAGCAUAUCGGCACCCGAAACUGAAAAGGCCGAAGCGUGGAGAACAUGGGCAGUUUCAGAAGCUCAAUUACGAGCGCUCCUUACUCACUACAUCCUAGAUGGGCUAAUUGCACAGUUCUCUGGGAAUCCAACCUGUGUACGCCACGGUGCAAAUGCACUACCAAUGCCAGUCUCUGUUGAAGCCUUCGACGCUGCCACUCCAAACGACUGGAUCCAGGAGAUGGGAAAGGGCGAUCAUUUCGACAUGACUUUCCGGGACUUCAUCUACGCUCUUUUCCAGCCUAGUGAAGCUUGUCUUUCGAAACAGAUCCCAGAACUUGCCAUGCGUGUUGUUCUUGAAAGCCUACAAUCCAUGGUCUCGGAAGAGGCUGAUGCUGGUGGUCGCACGAUAGGCACACCAUCACGUCGUGAGAUCUGUAACGCCAUGCUUCGUCUAUACCGCUCCCAAAUUACAACAUCGCCAAACACAGCAGAACUGUUACUUCGCUGGCACUGCAUCUUUAUCAGUAUGACUGUGUCGAUACGGACGCUUUGCGACCUAAUAUGCGAUGCAUGCCAGGUUUCGGAGAAGAUAUUCCGCCAGCGUUCGACUCAGGCACGUCAACAUUACCACGACAUCAAGUCAUGGACAGCAACUUGUGAUGCACGGCGCGCUCUCCUUCAUGCAUUUGCCAUUCGCGAUCUUAUCCAAAAAUUACCUGUGGGCCGGUCACAUGUCAUACACCUACCUUACGCUAUUUUCAUGGCUGCAGCAAUUCAAGCAGCUUUUAUGGUCGAGAAUUUCCAAGUCAUCGCUGUUCCUGCUAUAAUUGAUUGGGAUAUUGUAUGGCAGGAUGGCAACGCAACAAGUGUCGGCGCCAGCCCUGUGAACGAUAUCAGCAGCCUUGAGACGCAGCAGUUCCUUCAGAAUACCUUUGCCCCAGUCAAUACUCGGAACCUCUCGCGGAAGAUGUCUUUGGAACUUCACAACUUGCGCAUGCAGCUCACGGGAAUUUCGUCACACUGGGGUCUUUCCCAUUUGUUUGGAAAGGUGCUGGAUCAAUGGCGUCAGAAACUUAGACCAUAA